CAUCAUUUCACUAAAAAAAAAAAAAAGGAAAAACCAUCUUUUAGACCAAAACAAACAUUGGAUAGAAAUUUUAUUAGUAAAUGUAGUGAAUUAAAAGUAGCAUAAGAGGACAAAACUCCCCCACAAUGGGUAGAAAAAUAUUUGGUUGAAAAAGAUAAAGGAGGGGAUAGGGAAAAAAAAAAGUGCUUUUUUGUGGUGUAAUGACAUUAUAUUGAUGAGAGUUUCAAUAUACAAUAUUUAAAUUACUUGACCAAGUGAAUCACGCAUUCAAUCAAGUCCACAUGCAUCCAUUGCCUUUGUAUAUAAGUGCUUUGUUUCUGCACACAUUUUUGCAAAGAGCUUGGCAAAGAGAUCAGAUCAGCUGAUCAUAUAUUAAUUAGAGAUCAUAAUAACAAUAACAAUAAUAAUAAUAAUACUAGUAGUAGUAGUUAUUGUUGUUAUUCUUAUUAUUAUUAUUGAAGAGAUAGAACAAAUAAUUAUAAAUUGAGAAGAAGAAAAAAAGAAAGAAAGAAAGAAAGAAAGAGAUGGGAGGAGAAUGGAGAAGCUGUUAUUUGGACAUAAUAUUGGUUCCAUUAGGGUUUUUAAUAAGCAGUGGAUAUCAUGCAUGGCUUUGGCAUAGAGUUCGAACUCAGCCUUUCACUACUCUCAUUGGUAUCAACACUAAUGCUAGACGUUUUUGGAUCGCUUCCAUUUUACAGGAUAAUGAGAAGAAAAACAUCCUAGCCGUCCAAUCGUUAAGGAACACGAUAAUGGGAUGCACCCUAAUGGCCACCACUUCAAUUCUCCUCUGUACGGGCUUAGCGGCAGUAUUAAGUAGCACAUACAGCAUAAAAAAGCCCUUGAACGACGCCGUUUAUGGCGCACACGGCGAUUUCAUGUUAGGCCUUAAAUACGUUACUUUACUCACUCUCUUCCUCUUCUCUUUCUUUUGCCAUUCCCUCUCUAUCAGAUUCAUCAAUCAGGUCAAUAUUCUCAUCAACAUUCCCCCCGGCGCCGCCUCCAUAACCACCAAUUACAUCUCCGAUCUCCUUGAUAAAGGAUUCAUUCUCAACACCGUCGGCAACCGCCUCUUCUACGCUGCCCUCCCCAUGCUCCUUUGGAUUUUUGGCCCUGUUUUGGUCUUCGUUUGCUCUGUUUCUAUGGUGCCCGUGCUUUAUAAUCUCGACGUGGUUUGUUCUGACGCUACUGGAAAACAGAAGACGACGAUCGUCGCCGGUGGGGGUAAUGGCGAGCUCAGUAAUGUUUAGGAAUUGGUUUUUGUUAUGGAUAAUGUUUGUAUGUAAAUUGAAUGGUGCACUGAAAUUUGGUGGUGGGGUUUGUGAUUUUAGGGUUUGGAAUGGAGUUUUGAAUGGGAAGAAUAAUCAAAAGUGCAAACGUCUCUCAUUUUUCA